AUGGCUGCCAACAUGGCAGCCACCUCAGAUGCCCCCACCCUAACAUCUAGUGUGCCACUUACAACACCUCCCCCACCAUCGAUUCCAUUGCAUGUUUCUGCUCCACCGCUACCUAUUCCACCGCGUGUACCCACUCCUUCCUCCACUACUCCAUUUGAGGCUCCUACCUUGCACACACCACCUCCUAAACCCGCAUUGCCACCACUGGCUCUAGCUGCUCUUGUGCCAACCCCCACUCCAGUUUCACCCGAGUCACCGAUGGUGUAUGGUAGUUUUUCCAAUGAGGAUGAGACUACUUCGAGCCAGAGAUCUUAUGCAACUCGCCAGUCUAAUAUCCAUGCCCCAUCCAAUGAGUCCAAUGAUCUUGUGGGCAAUGACUCUGAUUGUGACACAAGUGGUUCUACUGCGGAAGAGUAG